UGCAAUAUAAGUAAUAUUUCAAAUGUAAAUGACGACAUUAUUUUAGCUUACCCAAUGGGCAUGGCAGACGAUGAUGAUACCACUACGGUGAUUUCAACCACUGUGACUGAGGAAGUGCAAAGUGAUUUGGUUUCGGAUUUUUUUGGCCAUAUCAAAGAAAUAUUUGAACCUUAUGAGGUACCCUUUAACUCUAAUGAAAUACCUGGAAAAAGCGUCCAAUUUAAUCUGACAGUUGCCCCGGCACAAGAGUUGUUACAAAAAUUUAGACACAUUACAAAAAAAAGAAACAAAAUUCUUGCAAUGUUUGUAAACAGUACAUCACCUUCAACAAAACAUUUCACUUUUAAAAUUACCGAUCCUGAAAUAAUUAAGAAAUACAAGUUAAUAAAAAGUACUAAACUACCUUCUGCUUCUGGCGCAGCGUCGUCUACACAAAAACAAGACCGAAAAUCUUUUGCAAAACAAACAUUGCCAAAACGUAAAUUAGUAGAACAAGAUGAGCUAGAAAGCGAAACCCUUGGGCCAAUUGCUAUGUCCGACCCUGAUGGAGAUGUGGGUUUGAUGGAUCAACAAAUGAGAAAAUUAGCUUGCAUAUUUUGUGAUAAUGUGAAUAACAAGGAUUGCAAUAAUCCAUCAAGCAAAUUACUUCCCUUGAUACGCUGUAAUAAUGGUAACGAUAGAUGCUAUUCAAUGCAAACACCUUUCGGCAUAGUGGAUCGCGGCUGCUUCAAUCGUCUUUCAAACCUCACAACAUAUGUCUGUUCAUGCAACCUCUGCAACUCAAUACCAAUGCAUGAGUUACCAUACACCUAUACCAAUAAGACAGAAUGGCUGUACAAUGUACAAGAGUUGACCCAUGGGAGGAGAUUAAGAAAUUCAGUUUAUAAUCAAAUGGCUUGUAUACAUUGCGAAGUUAAUCAAACGGUUCAUGAGGUACCAGAUAUUAACUGUCUCGAAGGGAAAUACCGGGUCCUGCCAAGUCAGUACUGCAACGUCGAUGAAGUAUGUGGCAUACGGUCACUCAAGAGCGAAGGGUACAUUUGGCGCGGGUGUAUCAAGUUCCCUCGUUAUAAUUACUUAUUCAAUUUCUGUGAUAACGAUUUAUGUAAUUUCAAUGCGGCUACGUCACUUUUUGACAUCGAAUGAAGUCUCUGACGCUUUGAAGAGGAAAGAGGGUUCAUUUUCCUUCAAGAACAUUGAAAUCAUGGAAAUUUUUGACACAAUUUGAUGUAAAUAAUUGUGGUUAUUUUCAAAUUAUGUACAAUUGUAAAUUUUUGCGCUGAAGGCUGAGCUGGAGGUUGUACGAAAUCAAUUUUUGGGAUAAACUUUUACAGUAAUCAAGUAUGAAAAAAAAAUC